UGCAGCGCGAGCGGGGCCGGUGGGCGUGGUUUGAGACGGCGCCGAGUCCAGGCGGGCGGCAGGGCCCGAGGGGCCGCUGGCCGCGGGCAGGCGACCUGCAGCGUCCCUGGUCUCUCCAGCCCUCACUCGGGACCGCACUGACAAGACCCUCCCCUCCCCUGGGCUGGACCCCUCUCUACAGCUAGGAGCCAAUGGCAGAAGACAGAACCAAACCCAGUGAGCUGGACCAAGGGAAGUAUGAUGCUGAUGACAACGUGAAGAUCAUCUGCCUGGGAGACAGCGCAGUGGGCAAAUCCAAACUCAUGGAGAGAUUUCUCAUGGAUGGCUUUCAGCCACAGCAGCUGUCCACGUACGCCCUGACCCUCUACAAGCACACAACCACGGUAGAUGGCAAGACCAUCCUUGUGGACUUUUGGGACACGGCAGGCCAGGAGCGGUUCCAGAGCAUGCAUGCCUCCUACUACCACAAGGCCCACGCCUGCAUCAUGGUGUUUGAUGUACAGAGGAAAGUCACCUAUAAGAACCUGAGCACCUGGUACAUGGAGCUUCGGGAGUUCAGGCCAGAGAUCCCAUGCAUCGUGGUGGCCAAUAAAAUUGAUGCAGACAUAAACGCGACCCAAAAAAGCUUCAAUUUUGCCAAGAAGUUCUCCCUGCCCCUGUAUUUCGUCUCAGCUGCUGAUGGUACCAAUGUUGUGAAGCUCUUCAAUGAUGCAAUUCGAUUAGCUGUGUCUUACAAACAGAACUCCCAGGACUUCAUGGAUGAGAUUUUUCAGGAGCUCGAGAACUUCAAGUUGGAACAGGAAGAGGAGAAUGUGCCAGACCAGGAACAGAACAGCAGCAUCGAGACCCCAUCAGAGGAGGCGGCCUCUCCCCACAGCUGAGGGGCUGGGGCUAGGGGUGGGUGGAGCCUUUUUAAAGUACCCUUCCCUUCAACAGCUCUCCAGCUCUGAAUGGAGGAACUCUCUAGGCCAUCCCCUUUUCUACCUCCUGCAGCCCAUCCAUCCUAUUAGCCUCCCACAUUCAAGGCCCUUAAUGCAGGGAUGAGGUCAGCACCAGCAAACUCUGGACUGGUGGAAGAAGUCCUCACCAGAUCUCCUUGAAGCAGAAUUAGGGAUCAGUAUCAUUAACACCUUCCCCACCCCCUCCCCCCAGGCGGGCAGUGAAGAGAAUCAGAAAACAUGAUUAUGUGUCACUUUAAUAAAGGAAAUUUAGGUGUU